AAGCUCGGAAAGAAAUGGAUGGAGUAUCAAGGUAUUAGUAACUGGGACGGCUUGCUCGAUCCCCUCGACGACAAUUUGCGCGGCGAGAUUCUACGUUACGGCCAGUUUGUCGAGGCUUCCUACAAGUCCUUCGACUUUGACCCUUCUUCACCUUCAUAUGCCACCUGCAUGUUCCCAAGAAGCUCCCUCCUAGAACGAGCCGGACUACCCGAGACCGGAUACCGUUUGACCAAAAAUCUACGUGUAACCUCGGGUAUUCAGUUACCACGUUGGAUCGAAAGGGCACCCAGCUGGGUUGCUACACAAUCCAGCUGGAUUGGCUACGUGGCAAUUUGUCAAGACAGGGACGAAAUAGCCAGGCUAGGGCGACGAGACGUGGUGAUUGCUUUCAGAGGCACCGCCACAUGCUUGGAGUGGGUAGAGAAUCUCCGCGCCACACUGACCCACCUUCCCAAUGCUGGUUACGACAGCGACGGGACAUGCGGACCCAUGGUGGAGAGUGGGUUCCUGAGUCUCUACACCUCCGGAACCCCUGGUUCACCCAGUCUCCAAGAAAUGGUACGCGAAGAAAUCUCCCGGAUCAUCCAAUCGUACGGAGACGAGCCCCUGAGCUUGACCAUCACCGGGCAUAGCCUCGGGGCGGCCAUAGCGAUCCUCACUGCGUACGACAUCAAGACAACCUUCAAACGCGCACCGCUCGUCACGGUCAUCUCCUUCGGCGGGCCUCGAGUCGGUAACCGGAUCUUCAGGAAACACCUAGAAAGGCAAGGCACCAAAAUUCUACGCAUCGUGAACUCGGACGACCUAAUAACCAAAGUACCUGGUUUUGUGAUCAAAGACGACGAAAACAUUGACACAGACGAUUUGCCAUACAAUAACCUAGUCCAAGCGACAUCUGGGCUGCCAAGCUGGAUCCAAAAGCGUGUAGAGGACACGCAGUGGGGGUACGCCGAGGUGGGGCGGGAGCUACGGCUGAGCAGUAGGGACUCCCCUUACCUCAGCGGUUUCAACGUCGCCACGUGUCACGAGCUCAAGACGUAUCUCCACCUGAUCGACGGAUUCGUGAGCUCUACCUGUCCUUUCAGGGCGUCCGCGAAAAUGAUGCUCGGAAAUUAUCGUCGGAGACGAAAAGCAAUUGCCAAGCCCUCAUGA